AAAUGUCAUUACAGUUUAACAGCCCUGCUGCCGAAUAGCACUGCUAUUUUUAAUAAAUAUAAUCGAUUUCUAAUUAAACCACAUCGUAACAAGAAUGUCCGACGAAACAAAAAAGAGGAAAAUUUCCGAUGCCGAACCCGAGGCUUCGGCGCCGCCUGUGAAGAUGCCUCACAUCCAGUGUCCGUACCUGGACACCAUAAACCGCCACGUAUUGGACUUCGACUUUGAGAAGUUGUGUUCUGUGUCGUUAACUCGCAUCAACGUGUACGCUUGCCUUAUAUGCGGGAAAUAUUUCCAGGGAAGAGGCACCAAUACUCAUGCUUACACCCAUUCUGUGGCUGACGGGCACCAUGUGUUCCUCAACUUGCACACACUCAAGUUCUACUGCUUGCCGGACAACUAUGAAGUUAUUGACUCAUCGCUGAACGACAUCAAGUACGUGCUGAACCCGGUGUUCACCCCGGAGCAGAUACAGCAGAUGGACUCCAACACCAAGCAGUCGCGCGCCAUCGACGGCACCAUGUACAUGCCGGGGAUCGUGGGGCUCAACAACAUCAAGGCCAAUGAUUACUGCAAUGUUAUCCUACAGUGCCUCUCCCAAGUCCGGCCCCUGCGUAACUACUUCCUCCGCGAAGCAAACUACGCCAACGUGAAGCGGCCGCCGGGCGACUCGCUCUUCCUGCUCGUGCAACGGUUCGGCGAACUGAUACGCAAGCUGUGGAACCCGCGCGCGUUUAAAGCUCACGUAUCGCCGCACGAAAUGCUGCAGGCUGUUGUACUAUGGUCAAAGAAGAGGUUCCAAUUUAUUAAGCAAAGUGACCCCGUGGACUUCCUCUCCUGGUUCCUCAACUCGCUGCACAUGGCGCUCAACGGCACCAAGAAGGCGGACAGCUCCAUCAUCUACAAGUCCUUCCUCGGCCACAUGAGGAUAUACACGAGGAAACUGCCACCGCCUGACGCGGACGACGCAGCCCGGGUCGACCUAAACAGCGAUGAGUACAAAGAGCUGAUAACGGAGUCUCCGUUCCUGUACCUGACGUGCGACCUGCCGCCCACGCCGCUCUUCACCGACGAAUUCAGAGAGAAUAUUAUUCCACAGGUGAACCUCUACCAACUACUCUCCAAAUUCAACGGGCAAACGUCCAAAGAGUACAAGACGUACAAGGAGAACUUCUUGAAGCGGUUCGAGAUCACGCAGCUGCCGCCCUACCUCAUACUGUACAUAAAGCGGUUCACCAAGAACACGUUCUUUGUGGAGAAGAACCCUACCGUUGUCAACUUUCCUGUCAAGAACGUAGACUUCGGUGACAUCCUCACGCCAGAGGUCAAAGCGAAGCACAACGGACGGACGACAUACGAGCUGGUCGGCAACAUAGUGCACGACGGGGCGCCCGAGAAGGGCACCUACCGCGCGCACGUGCUGCACAAACCCACGCAGCAAUGGUACGAGAUGCAAGACCUCCACGUGACCAGCAUCCUGCCGCAGAUGAUCACGCUCACCGAAGCCUACAUCCAGAUCUACGAGCUCAACCAAGACCCCAAACCUUAGGCUAAGCAAUAAAACCAUCACUAAAAUAUAA